GCCCGAUGUCUGCUACUAAAGUUGCUAUUGCCGGUGCCACCGGAAAUCUCGGUCCUGCUGUUCUAAAGGCACUGAAGGAGGCCGAGUUCGAGCUCACUGUUCUUACUCGCUCUGCCAACAAUGGUUUCGAUAGCGAUGUGCGCGUGGCGCAGGUGGACUAUACUUCCCUUGACUCCUUGCAGGCAGCGCUGGCGGGUCAAGACGCCCUAGUGAUUACUCUCGGUCAUGUUGGUCUCGAACCCCAAAUGACCUGAUUAAUGCCACGGUGGCUGCCAAUGUGAAGCGCAUCAUUCCUUCUGAGUUCGGCUCCAACACCACGAACCCCAAGGCGGCAGCGCUGCCGGUGUUUGCCGACAAGGUUGCUGUUCAGAACGCUGAAGGAGGUCGCUGCUGCGCCUUUAUCCAAGAUAAGCUAUACGCUGAUUCUUAACGGUCCAUUCUUCGACUGGGGUGUGUAAGUCAAAUUCCUGAUUAACUUCGGUAAUCCGGAAGUCUACGACGGAGGAGUCGAAAGAUCAGCACCACUACAUUGUCGGGGAUCGGCAAGGCCGUCGCUGGGGUGUUGAAGGACCUCGAUUCCACUCGGAACAAACCGGUGUUUGUUGAUAAUGUGAGGAUCUCCCAAAACGACCUGCUGAGGAUAGCAGGCAAGGAACAAGCCCUAAAGAAAGAAUUCUCUACAGCAGAUCUAGAGAAAGAAGCUUUUGAAGAGCUGGCGAAACCUAAUCCGAACCACGUGGUUUUUGCGUUCAACCUCUUGAAAGGGGAGGGUACGGGAGUCUCUUUUCCGAGAAAGAUUUGUGGAACGAUGCGCUGGGGGUUCCGAAGCUGAGCGAAGCAGAGAUCGCAGCGAUUGUGUCGCAGUAUGCAUGAUGUUAAUGACCAGUGUAAUUUUAUGUUCUGUUUCAGCCCAGGCAACUCAAAGUAACUAUUAACGCACCUUGGAUCUGACAGACUUGAUGACUCGUGAAUUGGAU